UCAAACAACAUCAUCAGAAAAAUCCUCCACUACCAGCUCGAGCGACAUCUGCAACAACCAGCGACGAAGAGCGAGAAAGGACGAAAUCUACAUCACGACUCUCAUCAAUAUGGAAGAACACGUGCCGCUUCAUCUUCUGGCCCUUCCUCUACGUCCCCCCAUCAAUGCACUACGACGCAUCCAAUCCUCCAAGAUUCAGCAUCUGGCUCAACAUCCUCUUCGCAUUCGCCGGAGCCUUCACCGUCGCAAACCUCUACUACAACCACCCCAUCCUCAACAUCCUCGCCCAUGACUUCGGCGUCGAAUACGUUCAAGUCUCGCAAAUUCCGACCCUAGCCCAAGCAGGCUACGCAGUCGGUCUCCUCUUCCUCUGUCCCUUAGGAGACAUGUUACGAAGAAGGCCUUUCGUGCUGAGCCUCGUCUUCUUCACAGCCACAAUGUGCAUAGGCUUAGCCGCGACGAGCAGCAUCCAAGUCUUUUCCGCCAUCCAAUUCAUCACCGCCGUCACAACCGUCACCCCUCAACUCAUGAUGCCACUCGUCGGAGAUCUGGCCCCACCGAACCGUAGAGCUUUUGCACUCUCCAUCGUCACGACAGGCCUCAUGCUCGGAAUCCUAGUCGCGAGAUUACUCUCCGGAGUCGUCACGCAGUACACGUCGUGGAGAACGAUAUAUUGGAUGAGUGUCGGAUUACAAUAUUUGAUUUUCCUCUUGCUGUGGUGCUUCAUGCCGGAUUAUCCUGCUACGAAUCCUGGACGAUUGGGACCGAAGACGUAUGUGAAAAUUCUUUGGAGUAUUUUGGUCAUGUUGACCAAACAUCCGGUGUUGGUACAGGCAUGUGUGAUAAGUUUCUUCGUCAGCGCGACGUUUACGAAUUUCUGGACAGUCCUGACGUUCUUACUCGCCGGACCUCCAUACCACUACGAUGCUGUGGUGAUCGGACUUUUCGCAUUGGUCGGGAUUGCGGGUAUGUGUCUAGGGCCUUUUUACGCAAAAGUUGUGAUUGACAGAUUUGUGCCGCUGUUCACGGUGCUGCUGGGGAUGGGUUGGUGUAUGUUGGGGAUAUGUUUGGGAACGUAUGCCGGGACCUUCACCGUCGCGGGACCGAUUUUACAAGCUUUCUUCCAGGACUUUGGAAUGCAGACGACGCAGAUUGCGAAUCGGUCGGCGAUAUACUCUGUUGAACCGAAGGGAAAGAAUCGGGUGAACACUGCAUUUAUGGUCUUCACGUUCGCGGGUCAGCUCACAGGCACCGCGGUUGGGGCACAUUUGUAUGAACGGGGAGGUUGGAUUGCGAGUGGGAGCUACAGUGUUGGGAGUAUUGGAGUCGCUAUUCUGGUCACGCUUGCGAGAGGGCCUUGGGAAGAAGGUUGGGUUGGGUGGCAUGGUGGUUGGAGUAUUUGGAAGAAGAGCAAGACUUCUGCCGAUGGAAAAGUUACGGAAGUUGAUACGCCUGAGGCGGCUGCGCAGCUUGACGACGCAGAGAAAGCAGUUCAUAAAGAUCUUCAUCAGCAUCAUCACGGACAUGAUAGUCAAGAUCAGGUCAAUUCAGUUGAUGCCGAGAAGAGUAUUGAGAUGGGAGCGGCGGAGGACGUGGACGAUAGAUCAGCGAAAUCUAAAGAGGACGAAAUCUCGGCGGCCAGAUGA